AGCCCCCUGACCCCUUCCUUUACUAUUUCCCAUCCUACGCGCUCCAGUCGAGCCAGCCCUUGCCCUCCUGCGCCCCGCUGGGGGUCCUCCAGUCCAGCAGACCCUUCCCCUACUGCACCCCUCCUUGCAUCGCCAAGGCCACUGAGCUCUUCCCUUCCUACGCCUCCUCCCAGCCCAGCAGACCCUUCCCCUCUUACACCCCGCUCGCCCUCCCCCAGUCCAGCAAGCCUUUCCCCCCCAGCACCCCACAACCCCUGGGGGACCCCUUCUUGCAUUGCACCUCCCCAAGCACCCCGCAUUCACCAGAUCCCCUCCCUCACCGCCAGCACUGGCGCUCCUUAUCACCCUGUCUGCACGUUUGGGGAGUGCCCUCCCCACCCCAAAACCCCGCUACCCCCUAAGUAGGUGCCCCCCACCCCCAUCCAGGCUGCGGGACCCCCACUCCCAUGGGUGAGAUUCCGGUGGCGGAGCUGGAUGCGGUGCUUGGUGGUGGAGGCUGGGAUGUGGGGAGCAGCUUGGAGGGUCCCCUCCAAUCCCCCGGCUCCGUCCACCUGGGGAAGAACGCCUGCUACGUUGUCCUGGCUGUGCUUUUCGACAAGGAGGAGAGGGUGCUGCUGGUGCAAGAGGCCAAACCCGAGUGCCGCGGGAAGUGGUACCUGCCCGCCGGCAGGAUGGAGCCCAAUGAGGGCAUUGUGGCUGCCAUGCAGCGAGAGGUGAAGGAGGAAUCCGGGCUAGAGUGUGACCCCAUCACCUUGCUGGCGCUGGAGGAGAGGGGACCUGCCUGGAUCCGCUUUGUCUUCCUUGCAUGCCCCACUGGUGGGACCCUGAAGACCCUGGAGGCGGCUGAUGCUGAGUCCCUGCAGGCGACUUGGUGGGCUGGGGACCCCUGUGCGCUGCCGCUGCGAGCCCUGGACAUCCUGCCCUUGCUGGACCUCGCCAUCCGUUACCGCCGCAGCGCCCCGCACCCGCCGACACUGCCGCAGGAACUGCCCUGCGCCUUAAUCUGCUUACGGCUCCUGGUGACCUUUGCCAACGAUGCCGGGGACCUUUGGGUGCUGCUGGCCACUGCUGAGCCCCCCCACUUGCCUGUGGUGGCUUGUGGCACAUCCCCAGCUGAGCUGCGCAGGGGGCUGCGCCUGCCCGUGCUGCGGCUGCUGCGGGAUUGCCUGCGCCCAGACCCCCACCCGGGACCCCUGGGGCUGCUGGGUCUGCAGCACCGGGCUCGGGGACCUGGGGGGUCUGACGGGAUCUGCUUCAACGUCCUGCUCAGCAUUCCCCCUGGCAGCCCCCGGGAUACACCCCCCGAGCUGCGUGGCCCCGCUUUCUCCUGGUGGCAUGUGGAGGAAGAGAGCCUGAGGGGCUGCAUCCUGCAGCGGCUCUGUGCUGCGGCUACGGUGCCCGUUCGCAGCUAAUUGAGGGGGGAACCCCGAAUUUGGGCUUGGAGGGGGAGCCAGCUGGAACACAGGGGUCGUGUGUGCAUUGCUAUUUGCACCCCACCCCAGGAGAUGAUACUUGGGGGUGCUGUGUCAUGGCGUGGGAGUGCUGAGCAGAAAUAAACGCAGC